AUGGCGGAGCCGCUGCUGCGGCGGACCUUCUCCCGCCUGAGGGGCCGCGACCGCCCGCGCGGGAAGAAGUCGGACGCCAAGGACAGAGAGCAUCCACCGCCAAGCCCCGAUUCUCCAGUGGACUCCGAGGCAGCAUCAGUGGAGCCGGUGCCGGCAGCAUCCCGCAAGCAGAACUGGGCCCGUUUCUCCUGUGGCGGCCGUGACGAGAGGCGGCCGCUGCCUCCCAAAGCCUCCCCGGAUCCGGCAGACGCUGGUGAGCCGGACCCUGCCACCAGCAGCCCCCGGCCCAGCAUCGAGCAGCCCAGUGAGGAAGAUGUGGAGCCGGCGGAGGAAGCCGAGGCGGUGAACGGCUCUGGGGAGCUGGGUGGUCUCGGUAGGAGCCCCGGGCACGGCGCCUACCUGCAGAGCUUGGAGCGGAGCAGCCGGCACUGGGUGCUGUCAUCGGUGAAGGGACCAGGGCUAGAUGAGCCGGGCGGUGGAGCCGAGGUGGAUACCGGCGCUGCCGGCAGCGAGGGCGAGAUCUGGUACAACCCCAUCCCCGAAGAUGAGGACCCCCAGCCUGGGAGCUCCUGGAAGACGUGGAGUGGAGGGAGCCACGACGCCGAGAGGGUCCGUGGUGGGGAGUCACCCCCAAAGACGGGUAGGGAAGACCCCCCCCGGGGCAGUUUGGGGACAGCGGAGAGCUCCGGACCCCGCAGCGGCACGGCCCCGGCGCUGCCCACGGCUGGCCGAGGAGAGGAGCCGGGAGCUGGCAGGACCCAGGCUUGCGGGAAGAUGCCGAUCCCAUGCGUGAGCUCGGGGACGGGGCUGACCACCCCCUCUCCCCCCGCCAGCCCCAAGAAGGGGCGUUCGCUCAACAAGGUGAAGUCCCCAGGUACCGUACGUCGCCUCUCCAUGAAGAUGAAGAAGCUGCCGGAGCUACGGAGGAAGCUGAGCCUACGCAGCCCCCGUCCCCGGGGCCAAGAAGGUGGCACCUCGCCCUCCGAAACCCGCAAGGAAUCCAGCAACGUCAUCAGCCGCUACCACCUAGACAGCAGCGUAGCUUCACGGCCGGGGCUGCCGCGAGCCAAAACGGUUGGCAAAGGCGGCUACUUGAGCGAUGGCGACUCCCCGGAGCUGCCAGCUAAAGCUGGGGCGCGUGCCGAACCAGAGGAUGGGGAAAACGGGCUGGAUGUGGGAGCUUUCCGUCCUUACAGCUGCGGGGAGACGCCGCCGCGAUGCGGGCAGCACAUCUCGGGGCUCGUGAGCGUCCACCUCCACGGCGUGCGGGACCUGAAGCCACCACGAGCCGAAGCCCGGGAGGUUUUCUGCGUGUUGCAGGUGGACGCGGCCAACCGGGCUCGCACGGCUUUGCUACCCUGUAAGACAGCGUUCCUCGGCCUCAACCACACCUUCAACCUGGAGCUGGAGGGUGCCCGGCACCUCAAGGUGAUCGUCUUCUCUUGGGAUCCCACCUCCUGCCGCAACCGUCUCUGCUGCCACGGUACCGUAGUCCUGCCCCACAUCUUCAGAGGUUGCCGGGCCCAGCAGCUGGCAGUGCGGCUGCAACCUCGCGGUGUCCUCUACUCCAAAUUCACUUUGGUGGAGCAGUGGGACAGUCCCGGUGAGCGGGAACCCCGCGUCUUCGGCGUGGAGCUGGGCCAGCUGGUGGAGCGGGAGAAGACAGCCACCAAGGUGCCCCUGCUCAUCCAGAAAUGCGUGGCCGAGAUAGAGAAACGAGGGCUGAAGGUGGUGGGGUUGUACCGGCUCUGCGGCUCGGCCGCCGUCAAGAAGGAGCUUCGCGACGCCUUCGAGAGGGACAGCGCGGCCGUGACGCUCUCGGAGCAACUCUACCCCGACAUCAAUGUCAUCACAGGGAUCCUCAAGGAUUACUUGCGGGAGUUGCCCACGCCGCUCAUCACCCCCACGCUCUACCACGUCGUGCUGGAGGCCAUGGCCAAGCGACCCCCCCGGAUCACCCCGGGAGAGCGGGACGCUGUCACCCUGCUCGACUGCCUGCCCGACGUUGAGAAGGCCACGCUGACACGGCUCCUGGACCACCUCAGCCUGGUAGCCUCCUUCCACGACUUCAACCGCAUGAACUCGCAGAACAUCGCCGUCUGCUUCGGGCCCGUCCUGCUCACCCAAAACCAGGAGCCCCGACGCUCCGGCACCAGCAGCAGUACCGGCACCGGUAACCGCGGCUACGCCCACAGCGAGGACAUCGCCAGCGCCGUUGACUUCAAGAGGCACAUCGAGGUGCUGCACUACCUGCUGCAGGCCUGGCCGGCCCCCCGCUCGACCCCAGCCCCCCAACUUUGGGAGGGGGCGCAGCCCAGUUGCCCGCAGCAGCAACGGGGGCCACCGCUGCGACUGGACCUGCUGGAAAGCGCGGUGGUGGCCCGUCACCGUCCCCGAGGACCGGAGAGCCCCCCCAGCAACCGCUACGCCGGUGACUGGAGCAUCUGCGACCACCAAUUCUUACUGGUACCCGGCACAGCCGGCGACGCCGACUACGACGAGGUGGCAGCCGGUGACGGUGAGACCGGGGUGCCGGCGCGGCAGUCCUCACACCGGCGGACCCUCUUCAUGGCUGAUUUUGCCCUGGGUGAGGAGCCCGAGGCGCCCUUCGGCCCUCGCCUCAACCUGAAGGACUUUGACGCGCUCAUCCUCGACCUCGAGCGGGAGCUCGCCAAGCAGAUCAACGUCUGCCUGUGAGACCGGUGCCAACGCUGGUUGCCGACGCCAGUGCCAGCACCGGUGCCGAUACAGGUGCCGAUGUCAACACCAGCGACGAUGCCAACACCGCUGACGAUGCCGACACCGGUGCCGAUGCUGACGCCAGUACUGACGCCAGUACCGAUGCCAGUACCAGUACGGAUCUCGAUACCGGUGCUGAUGCCAACACCGGUGCCGAUGCCAACACCGGUGCCGAUACCGCCGCCGGUGCGAGAGCGACCAAAAAGCAGCACUUGCCUCUAGUUGCCUUCGAUUUGCACAGCGCCGAGCAGGAGGGACCCCGGACGGCGAGGGUGAUGCUGCCUUCGGUGAGGUGGGGGCCCCCCUCCCCAAAACAGCCCCA